UAGAGAAUGGCAGAACAGAUUAGUGAGGACCAGUUACAAAUUGAAGGUGGUCAGUGUCUUGAGAAACAUGAAAUUAGGCAUUCUAUUACAAAAUGGAACAGAACAAGUGGCAAAAGACUCUGAAAAGAAGAAAAGAAAAUCUGAUUAUAAAAGUAAAGCAAUAUAUUCAUCAUGGCUUGCUCUUUCAUUAUUUUCACUGGGACUAGUUGUAGGACAAAUUGGACCAACAUUUUUAGACCUUCAAAUCAUCACGGGUACAGAUGUGGAGAAAGCUUCAGCUUUUUUUACUGGUGGUUCUGUAGGCUAUCUGACUGGCUCUGUUAUUAGUGGCGCUAUAUACAAUAAAGUGAAUAGAAAGUUAAUGCUAUUUCUUGGUCUUCUGCUACUAGGGGUAUGUAGCCUAACCACCCCCUUUUGUAGUAUUUAUGCGCUUAUGAUUGUUGUGCGGACUUGCUCUGGCGUUUGCUCUGGUUUUGUGGAUACCACUACUAAUGCAGAACACAUGCGGGUGUGGGGGCUGGAUGGACAAGUUCUUAUGCAGCUUCUUCAUUUUGCCUUCGCAUUUGGAGGUGUGAUAUCACCUUUAUAUUCUGAGCCAUUUCUCACAGAAAAGGAUGAAGAAGACACUAGAAAUUGUACUCAUGAAUCUUGGAAUGUGAAGGAAAAUAACAAUUCACUCAGCUCUCAGCCCCAGUCAACCAAUGUUCUCUAUGCUUUCAUCAUAACUGGUACUUGUGUUAUCCUUUCUUCUCUUCCAUUUCUUUACUUCAGUGUAAAAGACUCCAUCAGAAGAAAGAAGAAGAAAGCAGUCAUAGAGGAGAAACCUGUCCAGAGGAAGCUGCCACUACCAGUCUUGUUAUUUACACUGUUGGUUUUGUGCUUGUUUUAUGCCCUUUAUUGUUGUGUGGAAGAUACUUUUGCUUCAUUCCUCAUGACGUUUUUAGUCAAAGAGUAUUGUUAUGUGACCAAAUCAAAAGGGGCCCAUGUAACAUCUAUUUACUGGGCAUCAUUUGCUGUGUCAAGGUUUUUAUCUAUAUUUAUAUCUAAAUUCAUCAUAGCUGUUAAUCUAUUAUUUAUUUGUUGUAUGCUGAUGUUAAUAUCAUUUGCAUGUUUUUACAUAAGUGCUACAUUUGCUGUUAGUGAUCCUAAUGCUAUCAAUGCUGUCAUAUUUUUUACUAUUGUGGUGGGCUUGAGUAUGUCUGCUGUAUUUCCAUCUGGGUUUUCAUGGACAGAGGCAGAAUUGUUAAAGGUAACUGGAUGCGUUUCUUCAUGCAUACUUGUAUCAGCCUCUAUUGGAACUAUGGUUAAUCCCAUAAUGCUUGGUUAUUUAAUGACUCACUUAAGCAAUCUAUGGUUUUGUUAUUUAUUACUUGGUGAAACUGUGGCUCUUUGUUGUGUAUUUAUAUUCCUCAGAUUAUUUAAUAAGCUUUACAUUAACAAGACAUAUGGUUGCAUACAGUCUCCCCAACUUUCUAUACAAGUCUCAGCUGAACAUGGCUCAUCACUUAAAAUGAGCAACCCUGAUUUGUAAAAUAUUUUUAGAAGUAGUUCUCCGGUGCUUAUGAACCAUUAAAAUAAAAAAUACAGAUCAGUUA